CUGGCUGGCUGGUCCACCACGCGGGACGUGGCUAUACACGGCCCGCGCCUAUACACCCGUUCCGCGGACGGCACCGCAGAGUCACGGCGCCCUCACAAGCCAACGGCCCACACACCAUCGACGCGACGACGGCGACGACGAUGACGGCCGGUCAGCCCCUCCGCGCCGAUCCCCAGCAGCGCCGCCACAGCCCGCCGGCCCUCCACCCCGCCGUGGUGCCGUCCUACCCGCCCCCGGAGUCAGACAACGACGAGUCCUGGGUCUGGGCCCAGAUCAAGGCCGAGGCGCGCCGCGACGCCGACGCCGAGCCGGCGCUCGCCUCCUUCCUCUACGCCACCGUGCUCUCCCACCCGUCGCUCGAGCGCUCCCUCUCCUUCCACCUCGCCAACAAGCUCUGCUCCUCCACCCUCCUCUCCACGCUCCUCUACGACCUCUUCGUCGGCUCCCUCGCCGCGCACCCCACCAUCCGCGCCGCCGCCGUCGCCGACCUCCUCGCCGUGCGCUCCCGGGACCCCGCCUGCGCGGGCUUCUCCCACUGCCUCCUCAACUACAAGGGCUUCCUCGCCGUCCAGGCCCACCGGGUCGCGCACGUCCUCUGGGCGCAGAACCGCCGCGCCCUCGCGCUCGCGCUCCAGUCCCGGGUCGCCGAGGUCUUCGCCGUCGACAUCCACCCGGCCGCCGCCAUCGGCAAGGGCAUCCUCCUUGACCACGCCACCGGGGUCGUCAUAGGCGAGACCGCCGUCGUCGGCGACAACGUCUCCAUCCUCCACCACGUCACGCUGGGCGGGACAGGCAAGGCGGUGGGCGACCGGCACCCCAAGAUCGGGGACGGCGUUCUGAUUGGCGCCGGGGCGACGAUCCUGGGCAACGUGCUGAUUGGCGCCGGGGCCAAGAUCGGUGCCGGGUCGGUGGUGCUCAUCGACGUGCCGCCGAGGAGCACCGCGGUGGGGAACCCCGCGAGGCUGAUCGGCGGGAAGAAGGGCGACGACAUGCCAGGGGAGUCCAUGGACCAUACCUCCUUCAUACAGCAGUGGUCAGAUUACACCAUCUGAGACACUGAGCCGAGCAAGAUGCCACUCUCCUCCUCUGUAACCUGUAAUACUAAUGCCCAGUCAUGUCCCUUUCUUUCGAAUAGUGAACUGGUGCUAGUCUGAAAGUAUCUGCCUCCGGUGAGGAGAAGGUGAACCAUACCGUGCAUGGCCGUGCUCAACGCCGGCAAAUGUACUGAACUGAAAGUUCACCCUGUACCUGUAAUUUUGCGAGAUGUAAUGGUCACUACUCAGACUGGCAUCCUUGAUGCUUUGUAAUACUCGCAUAGAUAUUUUUUAUGACAUCUUUGCUGUUUGUACAAA